AUGCGUCUUUGGACGACUCUUAUACUUCGCGCGUCUUCCCCUGUUACCACUCUUCCCUCCACUGUGCCUCGUCAAAUCUCGCUCUGGCGAUUCUCGUUCCCGGCGGAGUUUGACGAGCUGCAGAAGGCGUACGAGGUGCUGUCAGACGAGCAGGCACGCAAGGCAUAUGACGACCUGCGCGUGGUGCGGCGCAAGCGAGAGCGCAAGCUGGGGCAGCAGAGCAGCAAGCAGCACACCCCUGCCACUCCCUUCUCCCGAUUCCAUUCCCCUCUAACUCCCUUCCACUCCCUUUCACUCAAUUUCACUGCCUUCGACAACCCCCACCCGCCCCCCCCUUCCCGCCCCCACUGCCCCGCCUUCCCCCUCCCCCGCGCCCCCCCCUGCAGCGGCGGAGUUUGA